CAAGCUCCUGUGAGAAUCAAAACGUGUUUACUUGACCUAUUUUAAUCCAUUGAAAUAAAAUGACUAGACCCUCCAUUCAAGUCAAUUGUAUUUCUAUGUUUCAGACCCCUAUACCUACUAGACAUGAGCCUUGACUCAGCUCCCAUCACCCCAUUUGUCUCCAUACAGAUGAGUGUCCAGGAGUAUGAAAUGAUCGCAGAGGAGGACGAGAAGUGCCUGCGCAAGUACCGCAAGCAGUGCAUGAAGGAGAUGCACGAGCGCCUCAGCUUUGGGCCUAAGUUCGACAGCGUGGUGGAGUUGGAAAGCGCCAAGGCCUUCCUGGAGGUCAUUGAGAAGGAGCACCGGCUCACCCUGGUGAUCGUCCACAUCUACGAGGACGGGGUCAAAGGUUGCGAGGCGCUCAACUCCUGCUUGGACUGCCUGGCCACCGAGUACCCCAGCAUCAAGUUCUGCCGCAUCCAGGCGGCUGCAACGGGCGCCGGCGAGCGCUUCUCAGACGACGUGCUGCCCACCAUUCUGGUGUACAAGGCAGGCGAGCUGCUAGGGAACUUGCUGUCCAUGACACAGCACCUCAGCGAGGAGUUCUUCGCCACCGAUAUUGAGGGGUUCCUCAGCGAGUACAGCCUCCUGCCCGAGAAGGAGUUUGCGGCCUGUCCUGAUGAGGAGGAGGCAGGUGUGGAGGUGGAGUAAGGGGCUUAGUAGGGGGUCAGUGACAGUCAGUGCACAUUUCUGGAACUAUUAGCCUACUAGGCUACUG